AUGAAUGAGUUGCCAUUCAGAGGAAAGGCCUGUUGGCAAAUAUCUGACACAACUAACAGUUCUCUACAUGUCAUACAAUCAUUGACUGUUGAGGAAUGUAUUAAAGCAACGAUUGUAUUGUUGAUAACAAUAGCUGUAAUAGUGUUGAAUACUUUAAUGAUUGUCGUACUUCACAGUAAAAACUAUUCCCGAUAUUUAAGAGAUUUACCAAAAAUUUUGAUGACAUCGCUAUCAUUGACCGACUUAGCCGUCGGAAUACUGGUCACACCAAUCAGUUUGAUAUCAAUUGUCAAACAGUGUUGGCCGUGGAGUCCAACGGUGUGUGCAAUUGAAGCCCUACUCAUUGCCGCACUCUUUCACGAAUCAACACUUUCUUUACUAUGUAUUGCUAUCGAUAGAUAUAUUUGUAUCAUUCAUCCACUUAGAUAUCACACACUUAUGACUAAAAAGGUAUCACUUUUUCACAUUUAUUAUAAUUACUAA